CGGGAAGCAGGAGGUUGGCCAAAGCACUCAACGUCCUCUUGGCGAGACUCCCAGAGGCGACACACUUCAACAUGGGAGUGACAACGCAUCUGAAGGAGAGACUCAUGCAAAGUGAGAAGAGAUGCAACAAUAAGAAAGGGGAUGCGAUGGUUCUACUACGGAGCUAUGACAUCAAGGAGAUGUUCACUUCUCUGCCGCAUGAUGCAAUCAUAGAUGUGGUAGAUUGGCUGUUACAAGAAUGGGAGGUCAAGGGAAGGGAAAAAGUAAGCGUGAGCAGGAGGGGGAAAGAGGUGGUGAUGAACCAGAAGAGCCGGGGGAAAGGAUAUGUGCAGUUAUCCUUUCAGCUCAUUCGGGAGUAUGUCAAGUUCGAGCUGAAUCACACUUACACGACUUGCAGAGGAACAUUACUGAUGCAAAUUGUGGGAAUACCAAUGGGAAAGAACUCAAGCCCACUGCUCACAUGCAUUCAGUGCACAAAAUAUGAGACUGAGUUCAUGCGUUCCUUGGGGAAAGACGGAGCUCUGGUGCAGGGAAUCAGGUUCAUGGUCGAUGUCACUACAAUAGUACUGGUGGACAGGAGAAUGGAGAGCUCUUUCCACAAAGCGGAGAGAAUACUGAAGCAAUUUGAAGGAUGCUAUGGGAGGAGACUCUUGCUGGUGAGAACGAAUGAGGGAGGCAACACGAUCGACUUCAUUGGAAUAAAGGUGGCCAUGUGCAUGUCCAAUUCUGAGCAGAAGCGUGCAGGGAUCGAUACCUUCUUCCAGGCUGAGCCGGCCCUAGUGUUCAGGCCUCAGGAGCAGCAAGCCCCUCCAGCUGCUUCGGCCAUCAGCCCCUCUGGCAAAGCCCUUGUGCCAAAUUCAAGCUGGGGUCUGAGAGCACGAAGCCCCCCACAAAACCGAAAUGAGGGCGAGGAGCUGCGCAGGCGGGAAGAAAAGUUACCCCCUUGCGUUGCACCCCCUAUCCCGUUCCAUUAUGAAGGUCCUGGGGUCAUCAGCUUUUCAUUAGCGUCAACGGGUGCAGCAGGAAGCCCUCCAAGGCGGACAGAUGUGAAGGACGGUGCAGGACAAGUAAACACCACGAAGGAUGUGUUUUUGGGACGGCAUGUGGCCAUCGACUUCGACGCUGCAAACACGAUCGGCACGUCCGAAAUACAGUCGCCACCGCUGAGGCCAUUGCUGAGUGCAAGUGGGCUGGGAGGGGGGGGGCUGUGCGGCACAGGCGAGGAGCUGCAAGACAAAACGCUGAGGACUGACAAAAAUUGGUCUGCGACAGAACGUGACAGCUUGUCGGCAAGGAGAGCGUCCACGAGUCGUGAAGAGCCACCAAUUCGCCUGCAGAGACGGGAGCUCGGAACUGUCGACGGAAAAGAUGGUAGCGGUAGCAGCAGCAGGUACUAUGAAGUGUGUGAAGAAGGGGUACACGAUGGCCAUGGGGGGGGGCGCGAUUGCAGACAGAGGGAGAGAGGCAGUGAGGAGAAGCAGGCCGCUCAUGUCAUUGAUGACUAUGCGGCCCUGGCGAACUCUACAGUCCCUGCAACACGAGCAGGGAGUGGCAGAGGAGGAGGAGGAGGAGGGGGAGAAGAGGGUCGGGCAGCAAAGGAUCCUAACAAAGAGACGAGUAACAGAAUAUUCAGUAAUGCACUUCGAGAUGGCCGAGGCGACAGGGUGAUUAUCGAGCUGGCUGAAGAUAGGGAGGAAGGAUGGGGGAGGAGGAAGGCAAGUGUGGCAGCAACUCCUGAAGGGGCUCCAAGCACAGCAGGAGGUGUAAAAUGGGAGGCAUCACCAGACGGAGUUUCCCGAGCCAGUCGGGUGCCUAGCACGAGUGGUGCUAGCAUUGAUGCUACACCAAAAUCAAGGGAACCCAGAACCCGAGCGAGGGAGAGUCAGGACUCUGAACCGCGAGUGCCGUCGAUGCGCCGUAGUGGAUUGAUCCUAUCCAGUAGUCAAGCAAGUGACCGAUCUACGUCAUCAUCCUUUGGUCCUGGCAAAAGAUUUUCAAUCACCGAGCACCACAGCCAAACAGCAGAAAGAAGAAGGAAAUAUUCCUUAGGUGGUGGCGGCAGUAAGGGACACCCUCCAAGGAGUCCUCCGAAGGACCUUCAUGCUACAACGCCGACCGGGGAGAAGACGCCAGGGAAGCAGAUACAAGACCUGUGGAAACAGUUGCAAGGUGUCAAGGAUCAGAAGGCUGGCGAAAAGAGCGAGUCUGACGCACUUGACAGUGGGGAAGAGAGAGAUGUUGUUGAAAAUAGGAAUUUGAUUAGCAGUGGUUGGCCCCAAGGGGAAGAGGAAGAACAGAAGAGUGUGCCUCAUGCCGAGGAAGCCAGUCAUCAUGGAGCGAGCAGAGCAUUGACGGGCACCACCUCAGAUUUGGCCGUGACGGUGAGUGAGUGGAGCAAGCAACAUCAUGAUGGAGCAGAUGAUGAUGAAUGGGAAAAUGGUGAAGAUAUAGAGACGACAAGCGCAGCCAAAGGCUCGUCGUCGCUGUGGACAAAAGGCUCGGAUUUGGCAAGGUUGAAGAAAUUAAGGGCGAUCCUUAUCCGACAUAUGGGCCCAGUUGGCACAACCAGCAAUCAAGGAGGAAAGCAGGGAUCGAAUGGGGUAGUUGGCAUCUGGGCAGCGGUGUUCAAGAAAAUCGAGGAACUGCUCACCACCAGCAUGGCAUGGAGCAAGGAGAGUCAACGACUGGACCGUCUGGAUGAAGACUUGCGAUCAUUGGUAGAUAUGAUGAGGUUUGGCGACAGACUGCUUGGCGCGCUGGCUGGAGCAGCACUGGUUGUAGCAGCGCUGGUUGUAGCAGCGCUGGUUGUAGCAGCGCUGGUUGUAGCAGCGCUGGUUGUAGCAGCGCUGGUUGUAGCAGCGCUGGUUGUAGCAGCGCUGCUGGGGAAGAAGGAGCGCCCAGCUCCCCACCUCAGCUAUGGUGGAGGAGCACAGGCUGGAGGAGGAGGAAGACGAGGACUAGGACGGAGGAGCGCCAGAGGUACCUACCUGGCUAUGGUGGACGCCAUUUUCGUCACCUUGGUGGGCGCUGCAUCUGGAAGGCCCCAGUUGGCGUAGAGCUACACCAAGAAGCUUCGAGGCAGAGUCAGGCAUGAC